CAACGACCCUGUGCGUCUUUGUGGUCGUCCACGGCUUCACGCGCGGAGUUUUUAAUUUUUUUUAAGAACCGGACCUGACAGAACCAUGCGCGUCUCCAAGAGGUCACCUGGGGGACAGGUAUGAGACCUGUGGCACGCGUAAAUGUUGGAGCAGCUGAUGGCUAAACCGUGUGGAUACUACAUGCCCCCCUCCCAGGCCCGGCUCUGGUUCAGCUGCACAUGGCCCGCUGGAGCUGCACCCAUGGGAGAUGCUGAUGUUUGCUACUUGUCCGCUGUUCUGUGUGCACCCAUUUUUUCACUCGUCCUGACACACGCGGACACCCCGUGGGCUUUACGAGCGCCUUCGCCAUGAGGGAGCUUUCACCCUGACUGAGCGGGAUCUGCGCACGCCGGACAUCUGUGCUUCUUUGGGUUUAUUAGGUUUUGUUUGGUUAUUUGUGUCUUCACGCGGGAGGGUUUGUCCAUUUGCUUCCUUUGUGUCAAAGGACUAAGGCGGCAGAAGGGGCUGCUGGGUGUAAAAGUCUGGACCGCUAUGGCAGGCGGCCGGACAGAGGACCACGGUGCGGAGAACGGCUUUACGCCGCUGGAUCGAUCCGUUCCACGACUCCUGCCGCACAUUGACGCCUCGGUGUUGCCGUCUCUUGGGGGUUUCGGCAAACACCAGAAGCAGCUCGUGCUCCUGACCUGGAUACCUGCUUUGUUCAUCGGCUUCAGCCAGUUUUCGGAUUACUUUCUUUUGGCACAGCCUAAUGGCACGUGCGUGCAGCCGCCCGGUGCUAACGACAGUAACUGGACCCUCCCGUCCACUGCCCCUCCACUGCUGCUCUGGGCCAACAGCACCUUGGACGCAGACAGCGCGCUGUGCGCCUGUAAGGAGUGGAGACUGGAGCUGCAAACAGGGCUCAGCCAGAAUGUGGUUACCAAGUGGAAGUUGGUGUGCGACUCAGCUUGGAAGGUGCACAUAGCCAAGUUUUCGCUGCUGGUGGGCUCCAUAUUUGGCUACUUGGUGAUGGGUGCCAUGGCUGACUGGUAUGGCCGACACCCAGUUCUGAUUCUCUGCGUUCUUUUCAUGCUGGUGUUUGGUGUGAGUGUCGCCUUCUCUGUCAACGUCACUAUGUUCAGCACCUUGCGUUUCUUUGAGGGUUUCUGCUUGGCGGGCCUAGCUCUCUCCCUCUACGUGCUCAGGAUUGAGCUGUGCUUGCCGGACUGGCGUUUCUCCAUGACGAUGGUGGCCAGUUUUCUGAUGGUAGGCGGGCAGCUCCUCAUGCCCGGAGUGGCCGCUCUGUGUCGAAACUGGCCCAAACGCGAUGACUGGCAGGUCCUCCAGAUCGUCAUAAUCUCUCCAUUUGUUCUGAUGCUGCCGUACGUUUGGAUCUUUCCCGAAUCCUUGCGCUGGUUGCUGGCCACCCAGCAGUACAGGCGAUCCAAAGCCAUGAUGUUACGCAUUGCCAGGAAGAACCAGAUUGACAUGACAACUGAGCCUAAUGGAGUCCUAACUGAGCUGGAGCAGGAGCUGCAUAAGAAACCUCAAAGGAGCUGCAUUGUCAAGAUGAUGAGCACGAGGAACCUAUGGAAGAAUAUAGUGGUGCUGUGUGUGAACUCAUUGACAGGUUAUGGGAUCCACCACUGUUUUGCCCGGAGUCUGAUGGACCCUGAGGCACGGCCCACUGCUCUGUGCCAUGCAGACUAUUACACCAUGGCCGGCAUCGCUGUGGCCACCUGCCUGGCCCUGUGCCCUGCUGUGGGACUGAUGGGGCGCAGAGGAGGACUGCUCACAUUCAUGAUCAUCACAGCCCUCGCCUCAUUGCUGCAGCUGGGUCUGCUUAACUUGAUUGGAAAGUACAGUCUCCGCCAUGAUACAGUUCUUCGAGACAGUCUGAACAGGAAGUUCUCUGUGGCUUUUUCCAUCAUUGGCAUGUUCUCAUCUCAUGCAGUCAGCACCCUCAGUAUAUUCUUCUGUGCUGAAAUCACACCCACUGUCAUCAGAGGCGGAGGGCUUGGUCUGGUUCUGGCCAGCGCUGGCUUUGGGAUGUUGACUGCACCCAUCAUGGAGCUUCAUAACCAGAAGGGCUACUUCCUGCAUCACGUCAUCUUCGCCUGCUGCACCCUGCUGUGCAUCAUCUGCCUCCUGCUGCUGCCGGAGCCCCGGGGGCAGCCGCUGCCUGAGAGCUUAGCUGAUGGAGAGACUUUCACCCGACAAACGCUCCUGCACCCUGGGGAGCAACAUCUCCUUCUGUCUAAAAUCGACAGGGACUACUCUAGAGUCCAUGACACGCCAUUACAUCUCACGGCCACAGGGGGCGCCACAGCAGCAGUUGCUACCGCUCUGGCAGCGGUACCAGCUUCUUACGCCCUGGCCACUGGUGGGGAGGUCAUUGGCAAUCACGCUAUAGCCAAUGGAGUCUGAGAAUCUCAUGUAGAAAACACAGACUGAAUGCUACAUAGGGAUGAAAAAUGGUGGGAAGAGCCAGUGGUUUGAGUGACUAUGAUCAAACUAGGAGUUGCCACAGAUAUUGUACUGGACUGAGUCUGGCAGAAACAUAUGAAACAUAUGAUAUGAAAGUUGUGGUGAGUCUUGCAGUGUCUGCUUUUAAUGACUGACUCAAAGAUGAAGCAGACUAAAGUGAGUACAAAGUGUAGAGCAGCGCUCUGUGAGGCGUCUGCCAUGUAGAGGUCAAACUUACUGUACAUUUCUUUACAUGUUCUUUUGCACUAAAUGUUAGAAACACAAUCAGCUGAUUGUGUUUUAAAGCCAGCACAUUGGAAAAGCAGGGAUAGGCUAAACCACUACCACUCUUUUGCAUGAAAGGGCACAACUAGUUUUACUUGUUGUUUCUUUUAGUCCCUAAACAUUUCCAAUGUGGCACUUUAUCCUCAGAUGUGAGGUCAGUGUAGUCAUUUGAAAUGACUGCUGCUCAAGUGGGUGUAUGAUGGUUGUCUAUGAGAAGAACAGCCGGAGACCUCAGCAGACUGUAGCCUAUGAAGACUGUGGUUAGUGCUGUGCGCCUGGGAGCUGAGUGGACUGUGUGGUGUGCAAUGGUACGUCUUAUGAUGCUCUGCAGCAUUUCAAUGGCUUUACUUUGACUGCCCUUGUUUAAACAGGGCACGCAAUGUAUUUAGGAAAAUAAAAACAGUAUUUAUUUUGUCAUGUUGCCCAGGGCACUGCAAAUACCUCUGUAUUUAUCAAACAUGCCCACUGUUUGUUUCUGUACUGUGGUAAUGUAACUCUCCUAGGAACUGACUCCCACCAAAAAGCACAACGACUCAAAGCAAAAAUGUGUCAGCUAGAGUAGAGCCUCUGUCUCCUGGUAGAGGCUAAGUGUGAGUAGUGUUCUCUUAUAAACUCAGCUUUGUAAUAGUAACCUUUAGGGCUGUAUCAAACAACACGUGUUCAUGUGCCAACGCCAUCCAUCUUGUUUUUAGACGUUUGAAGCACAUCCCAUAGAUCCACCAUCUGCAGCAUCACAGUUCUAGACAUUUUUCAUUUCAAUAUAGCACGCAUUUCAACAUAUUUGCUAGUUUGACACAAAAUGUUUUCAAAGUGUUAUUUUUUUAAUAUGACACAUUUGUACAAAAAAGCCAUAGGCAUACAUGUUUUGAUAUAAACCAGUUAAUUUAUUAUAUCAAUAAAAACUUGAUGU